AUGGAUCAAAUUCUUAUUAAAGCAAGUAAUCAAGCUGUAUCAUUUGCCAUUAGAUCAGGAAUUUCACUUGCUUCAGGAUAUGCCAUAAAAACCAUAUCGACUUUUCUAGACAAGAUUCCUGAACUGGCUCAACAUAAGAUUCAAAAUAAACGGAAUAAAUUAAAGACCAAAAUUGAUAUAGUUACUGUAACAAUUGAUUUAAUUAAAUUAGCAGCUGCCAGAGGAAACACAGUUUUAGAAAGUAGUUUACAAUUAAUUAAUGAUUUACAAACACAAUUGAAUGAAUUUGAUAAUAAUAUUAAUGAAAUUAGUCUUAAUUUAAGUGGUGCUAAUGAAAAAGAAUCAAUCAAACAAGUUGAAAAUUAUAUGAAUUCUUUAUUAUAUGAUAUCAAUGAAGCAAUUCCAAUUCUUAAUUUAGUUUUAGCUACUCUGGGAGUGAAUUUUAAUGGGAAAGUUAAUGUACAUGGGAUAUCACCAGGAAGAUUACUUCAAGCAGCAAAUUAUAUAAAUAAUCCCACUAAUGACACAAUUGGACCUGAUUUUGAUUUAGUGGUUUAUUCAAUAUUUUAUAAUCCAAGUCGAUUAAAAUAUAUUGACGAUAAUGUUGAUGAAUUAGCUUGUAUUAAUUGGAAAGAAACAUUUGCCCGAAGUUCUGUUACUAUUAAUAAACAAGGUGAUUAUCAAUACCAAUUGAAAAUAAAUGAGGAUUUUAAUGAUGGGAGAUAUCAUGACGAUGAAGAAGAUAAACCAGGGGAAAUGAUAGUUGAUUUAAAAUCAAUUCAACUGAUGUUUUUCACGGCAUCUGGGAAGUUAUUGAGACUUGAAGAAAGAAGUUCUCCAGUAUUAAUUAUUAAAAUUUUGAAACAAAAUGGAUCUGAAGAAUGGGUAGCAUUGGGUGAACUUAAGGAAGGCGAAUUUGAUGAAGACAGUGAUGAAGAUCAAGAUGACAACAAACCUGUUGACAAAAUCAAUACAAACCGUAUUAAAAAUAGUAGUCUUUCAUUACUUGAAUAUCUCAUACGUUUAUGUCGUUUAGAAGAAAUAGAAUCCAAAUCAAUUUUAGAUAUUCCUGACGAAGUCUUGUCUUUAUACCUUCAUGAUCAAGUACAUGACCAAGGUUUACCUAAAACAUUAUCUCAAAAGAAAAAAGAUGAAUUGAAAAAGAUUAAUAAAGAAAACACUAUGACUAUGGAUUCCAAUAUCAAUCGAUUAAAAAAUCUCGAUAUAAAAGAACCAAAGAAAAAAUCAAAGUAA